UGUGACAAGUCAUGCAAAGGGUGACUGAAGUUCUUGACCUUUAAUGUCCCCCUUGUAUUCUAAUAAGCCAGUACUGUUUCUGUCAUUCAAUCUUCUAUCCUUGCUAACGUUUUUAUGGUUGUUGUAGCCUGGAUUACGGAUCUGAAACUGAAAUGCGGGUGCUUAGAGGAAGAGCUCUCUGUCUAACACUGUCCAGGGCAAACAAUCAUUAACUGAAGCCGCUCAGAGUCAAACUUUGACCUGUGUUUUUCCAUGAUUCCUGGUUUUGAGUUGUGGCUGGCUGUUGCUCUUUUUAAAGCAGAAGGCAUAUCUGUGGAGGGUGUACGACAAUCAGGUAAUGGAGACCACUAAUAGAGCAAUGGUGUUGGAGCUUCAUGUUAAAACAAACAUGUACAUAUGCAGGUUUUAUUGCAUUAAAUGUAGAUUUUCAUUUUUCGUCUGCACAGAUUAUGGACACUAAUUCUCCCACUCUGAGAGUUGGAGUUGUGGGAUAUGGACAUCUAGGGCAGUUCCUGGUGGACAAACUCCUCAAAGCUGGACCUGGUCUUGGCUUGGUUCUGGGUUUUGUAUGGAACAGGAAUCCCGACAAGCUGAAGGGUUCAGUGCCCCCUGAACUAGUACUUGAUGACCUGUCGUUCUUUGCAAACAGGCGGUGUGAUGUGAUUAUAGAGGUGUGCUACCCACAGAUCGUGAGGGAUUUCGGACUCGAAUUUGUCUCAAAGUCCCACUUCAUGGUGGGCUCUCCAUCUGCCCUCUCUGAUCCUGAUCUGAACCAAACGUUGAGGCAGGCAUCUCUACACCAUGGACGGACGCUUUAUAUCCCCAGUGGUGCAUUAUGGGGAGGCCAGGACAUCCAAAGAAUGAACGAUACUGGGACAUUAAAGGCUUUGUUCAUAAGAAUGUCCAAGCAUCCGUCGUGUUUUCGACUGACAGGAGACAUCCUUAAUGACUGGACAGAAGGAGAGGGUAGGCGGGAUUUGUUCAUAGGCUCAGUGGCAGACUUGUGUCCUCUAGCUCCCUACAAUGUCAACACCAUGGCAGCAGCAGCUGUGGCUGCAGAAACGCUCGGCUUUACAGGUGUUCAGGGAGAGAUUGUAUCAGACACGGCGCUAAAAGACUUCCAUGUGGUGGAGGUGACUGGGCCUGAUGGUUUCCUAAUGCACAUGGUGAGGAGGAAUCCAGCCAAACUCGGGGCUGUCACUGGCAGUGCAACAUACAACUCCUUCUGGAACAGCUUACUCAUUUGCAGAGGUUACGGCAGCAGAGUUUACUUGUGCUGAAAGUGGAUGAAAACCAUAGAGGACUACUUGCGAUGUAGGAUGAAGAUCCCCAACCAAAUCCCACAUACAUUAGAUACAGAUCCAAGAGCUCAGGGUGGAUACGCUGCAUGUAUGAUGGAUCUCUACAUUAGUGCGUUACUCAGCAUUGUAAGCUUGCCGACCCUUGGAUUCUUGGAAUAAAACAAGAGACCGAAAUCAUUUGUAAAAUACUAA